AUGCCACCUCGCCUGACCUUGGGAGCAGGGUGCUCUGGUACCACUGCCAGAAAUUUCACCUCUACACGGGACACUCCUGAAGAAGUGUCAAAACCUUGGUCAGUGUUGCAAGAGCUCAACAUCUUGGAAUCCGACUCCGCCGCCGCCGCCCACCCGGGCAACACAUGGAAUACCGAGACGCUCUUGGGCCAAAGCAAAGUAGCUGAUAAGGCCUUCAUCGUUAGCUCGAAGGUGAACGCUGACCGUCCUCUGCCGCACCUUGAUGAAGCGCGGACCAGCACCAGCCACCAUUAUCGGCCAGACUUUGGACCUCCUCGGGGCUAA